AUGGAUAUUUCAACAAAUUUAUUUAAAAAAGUAAAAUGGAUUUGUUUUGUAUAUGGAACUAUGGGAAUAAUUGUUUUUGUAUCCACAACAAUUUGGAAUUGUAUUUUUGCAAAUAUGGGAAAUAAAUUAUGUCAAUUAAUUGAAAAUAAAAAUGAAAUUAAAAGAAUUAAUUUAAAUAAUUUAAAAAUGGUCCCAAUAUUAUCAGCAGAAUUAUAUUAUGGAAUUUUUUGUAUAUUAAUUUCUAUAUGCUCAGCUUUACAAGGAAAUAGAUUUAUGGGGUUAUUAGCUGUAAUUGUUUUUACUUUUCAAGUAUUUUUACAACAUUUUAUUUUUCACAAAUCAAUUAAUGGAAAACAAUGGAAAUUGGGAUUAGCUUUUGCCUCAACAAAUGGGUUGCAACAAGCAAGUCAAGCAAUUGCUUAUACUGGUGGAUAUUUACUUGUACAAAAUGGAUUGGUACAAGCUUUGAAUGUUUUUAAAAUAAUCCAAACAAUGUAUUUGGGUAGCUCUGGAUUAACUUCACUUUUGUUUCUUUCAGAGGAUUUUACUAAAACUACAAAAGAGUUGAGAUUAAUAAAAUUAAAAAAUACUAAAAUUGCUCCAAACGAUAAUAAUAUUGAUGAAUUAUCAUAA